UCGUGUGCUACCAUAGCGAUAGCGGCUGGCAAGCAAUUAGCGCUUACCUAUCUAACAUCAGCUGGGAGACCUCAGGUAUACCAAGUGGUAUAUUGAUUUCCCAGCGCAUCCACCAUAAGACUUGGAAGAUGGAGUGAAUAAAAAAGGAAGGGCGCCCUCGAGAGAGUUUACACGACACGUAGUUUAUUUAUUCUGGCGACUCGGUGUUCGACGGAACAAAGAUCACCAAGCACAAUCCACGUCUCCAAGUACCAACAGCCCAAGUCACCUGCAACCAGGUUGGCCCUUGCACCUGCAACACACGACCAACUUCCGCAUACGUACCUUUGCACCCCCUGAUAUUCAUAUUUCAGUGACUGGCAGCUGAACCCCCGUCGACGCUCCUCCUCUGGUUUAAUGUGGGAGGCGCGCUUCUGUCUUCCCUUUACCAAUUCGCCUCCCUCGUACCCUCCGUCUCCGGGAGCCGGUGAAGGACAGACCAGAUGCCCGACGACGGUCUUGCAACCCCCUUUAUUCCGGCCAAAUCUCCAUACGUUCAAAUACAUGCACACCCGGGCCCGCACAGUUAUUCCAGAAUGAAGAGUCUCGACUCGGCGCGCCAUGUGCCCGACAGGCGACACAAGAAAGGUGGCUGGGUGCUCGUAGCCUCGUACGUCUUCGACUGGAUAAUCUUGGUCGUCUUUGGCGUCGUCGGCCUGCUCCUUGGCCAGAUGACCCCGAACAAGCGGCCCUUCUCUCUCGAAGACCCCAAUAUCUCAUUCCCGUUUACAGUCGAUGAAACGGUCCCUGCCUCCAUCGCUUUCGUGGCCAACACCGCUGCUCCCAUAGUCAUUAUCAUCAUCAUCGCCCUCGUCUUUGUGCCGGGCGCAACGGUCCCUCGGGGCACCCCGAAGUCGCUCAUAUGGAGGCGCAAGCUCUGGGAGCUACACAUUGGCCUGCUAGGCCUUGGGCUGUCCGUGAUAGCCGCGUUCUUCAUCACCAACGGCAUGAAGAACAUGUUCGGCAAGCCGCGCCCCGACUUGCUCUCGCGCUGCCAGCCGGACCUCGCCAAUCUGAGCAAGUACAUCGUUGGCGGCAUCGCCAACGUGAGCAGCAACGGCCAGUUGGUGAGCGGCGAUAUUUGCAAGAACCCCGACAAGGCGUUUCUGGAUGACGGGUUCAGGAGCUAUCCCAGUGGGCAUUCAAGCUCUUCAGCUGCGGGUCUCCUCUACCUCUCCCUUUUCAUCGCCAGCAAGUUCGCCAUAACACUCCCUUUCAUCGCACCGCCGGGCUACUCCGACGCCUCCUUCGCUGCCUUCCCCUCGCGCCUCCCCCGCAACAACUCCUCCUUCCGCGGCGGCAACCGCAGCGACAGCGCGGGGGGGGAGUCGUAUGAGCUCUCGGACCGCAGCGCAGUCCGCAACGAGAGGCUCGCCAUUCCCGCGGACCCGUCCCUGCACACGCGCAUGGCCAUGCACACGACGGCCGUGGCCGCGGUGCGACGGCAGGCGGCCUCGCCGCCGCUGUACCUGCUGGGCCUCUGCGUGCUUCCGACCUUUGGCGCCGUCUUCAUCGCGGGGUCGCGCUGGUUCGACUUCCGCCACCACGGCUUCGAUAUCCUUUUCGGCUUCCUCAUCGGCACUGCCACCGCCAUCUUCGCCUUCCGAUACUACCACCUCCCCAUCGCCCAGGGCGCCGGCUGGGCAUGGGGCCCCCGCUCCCGCGACAAGGCCUUCUGGGCCGGCAUCGGCAGCUUCAGCUACGCCACGGACCGGAUGCGCCUCGAAGACGACGACGACGACGUCCACCUCGUGGCAGCUGCGGCCGUGCGGCCCGGCGACGAGGAGGAAGCCAUAGAGAGCGUCGGGGGCGGCGGCGCCGGAACCGGCACAGGCUGGGGACCCGGCGAGGAGCGCCCAGUCGGCAGGAGGCCGUCGCCGCCCGCUGGACCGGGUGAGGUCGCUCCCGGCCGGCGGGAAGAUGACCGGUUCGGGACGGCCCCAGGUCAGGAUGACGGCCGGUUCGGGAUGGCCCACGGCAGGGAAGAGAGCCGGUUUGCCACGGCCCCUGCCGAGGAGGAGGGCCGGUUCGGGACGGCGUACUAGGCCCGGACUCUGCACGGGUUUUCGGGUCUGUGGUGCCGAUUCCGGGGGUGGGGGUUUGGAUAAACUAAACUAGGACAAGGAGAGGAGUGUUCCGUCAUCAUAGAGCUGCAGGCAGGGCUGGAUUUGGGGGG